AUGCCGCAUCAAAAAGCCGUGGUGAAGACUACCGACAUGCCGGAUGAUAUGCAGCAGUUUGUUGUGGAGGUUGCCUUUGCAGCGAUAAAAACGGGCGCGGAUAAUCAGGGCAUCGCCAGUUACGUCAGAGAUGCAGUACGCCACGAGUAUCCGGGCAACUGGCAUUGUAUAGUAGGCACCAACUUUGGCAGUGAAGUGAUACAUGGGAAGCGCGGGCUAAUAUUCUUCAAGCUCGAUAAACACGGCAUCCUGCUUUUCCGGACGGUAUAG